GAACACCUUUAGUCAUUGAUUAUUAGUCAAAGCGUUUGAAAACGGUUGAAAUGACUCCAUUUUGAAUUAUUUGAUUACCAAGUAUUUAAUUUGUUUAAAGUUAAUUUCUGUGGUUCCUUCAACUAUUUUGCAUUAUCUUUUUAGCCAUCAAGUUCCCCACCUUUCCUUUGUUCCCUUCUUUUUUGAUAACAAUCGGUUAUUAUUUGUGAGGUGAUUUACAUUAUUUGGAAAACAACAUGACGGACGCGGGUUUCUUCCGUGGUACUUCAGCUGAGCAGGACAAUCGUUUUUCAGAUAAACAGAAAAAAUUGCUUAAGCAAUUAAAGUUUUCUGAAAACCUUAAUCACAAGGUUGAUCUAACUAAAGUAAAUUUGGAUGCCUUAAAACCUUGGAUAUCUAAACGAUUAGAGGAAAUUUUAAUGAUGGAUGAUGAUGUUGUGGUUGAUUUUGUUAUCAAUCAAUUAACUGAAAACAAAUUUCCUGAUGGUAAAUUAUUACAAAUUAAUCUGACCGGCUUUCUAAAUGGUAAAAUGGCGCGUGAGUUCAUGGGCGAGCUAUGGGAUCAUUUGUUGGAAGCUCAAGCAUCUCCUGAUGGUAUACCUCCUAAAUUAGCUGAAUUGAAAAAGCAAGAAGCUAAUAAAAAAUCAACCUCACCUAACAAAGUAGAAGAAAUUAUCAAGAAAAUUACACCACCAGUUGCUGAUAAUAGCCCGACUAGUCAUCGAUCUGGUCCAAACAAAUCAAGAUCACCUUCACCUUCAUCAAAAUUGAAUAAAAGUCCGCGUAAGGAUGAUAGUGCACCAACUGAACCAAAUUUGCAAAGUAAACGAUUUUAUCGUGUCCGUGAAGAUGGUGAUAAAAAUGGCUCUCCAGACCCUUCUGAUAGGCAACGUGAAAGUCGCAAGCGAAGAGCUUCUUCUGGUAGUAAUGUUUCAGAUAAGUCCCGUCAUUCACGAUCAAAAUCACCAGCGCGAUCUAAAUCAAGAUCUAAAUCACGAUCUAGGUCUGGUUCUCAUCGUAAAAGUCGAUCUCUAUCCGGCUCUCGGUCAAGUUCUAGAUCACCUGCUAGACGACGUCGAUCACCGAGUCCAAGAUGGAGAAGGAAAAGUCGUUCAUUUUCACCUCGCAGGAGACGCAGUCGAUCUUUUUCACCUCGAAGGCGGCGAAGUCCCAGACGGUUUAGAUCUCCUCCCAGGCGACCUUUCUAUAGACGGUCUCCUCGCGGUCGUUUCUCAUCUCGACGUUGGUCUCCUCGACGAGAUUAUCGCUCUCCUUCGCCUAGAAUGAGACGCUCACGUUCUAGGGGUAGAAGAUCUGUUUCAUCACCUCGACGAAGAUCACCCUCACCAUAUCGACGUAGAUCGCCAAGUUUCCGUGCAAGUGAACGUACACCUUCACCACGUUUACGAAGUAGUGACAAUAGUGAAAGUGAUUAUGAAAGGAAAAAGAAGAAGAAGCAUAAGAAAAAUAAAAAGCACAAGAAAUCUUCAAUUAAAUCUAAAAGCCCGCGCAAGGAUGAUGCCACACCAACCGAAGCAAGUACACAAAGUAAACGAUUGUAUCGUGCUCGUGAAAAUGAUGAUAAAAAUGGUUCUCCUGCUCCUUCUGACAAGUUACGAGAAGGCCGUAAGCGAAAAGCUUCAUCUGCUAGCAACGACUCUGCAGAGUCUCACCAUUCAGACUCUAAAUCACCAGCGUUAUCAAAAUCAAGAUCUAAAUCUAGGUCUAGGUCUAAAUCACGCUCUAGGUCCGUUUCACAUCGUAAAAGCCGAUCUCGAAGUGAAUCAGGUUCACGUUCAAGUUCUAGAUCACCUGUCAAACGUCGACGAUCACCCGAAAGUGAUUAUGAAAAGAAAAAGAAGAAGAAACAUAAAAAGAAUAAGAAAAACAAGAAACACAAAAAGCAUAAGCGCAGUUCUAAAAAGAAGAAUCCUUCAUCGGAUUCAGAAUGAAGACCAAACCAAAAUGGAGAUCAAUGAUUGAAAUUGAUAAAUAAAAUUGAAUUCUUCUAUUUAACAAUUGAAUUCAUUUUUUGGUUUAUUUUCUUUACCAAGUCAUUUUUCGUGUUCAACUAAUUGCUAUUAGAAUUAUUAUAGCUAUAUCACGUUUAGGCUCUUGACUCUAGAUAAUUUAAACAAUAGUAUUAGAUUAGAUUAGAUUGUGAAUCUUCUUCUCCUUUUAAGGUGAUCUUAUGAUUGCGCGAACAUUUAGGCACUUGCGUUUACGUUUCCUAUGACACUCAAUAAAAUUAAUAACAUAAAUACAUUAAUUGCAGCUAUUGUUCAUCCAAUGUAUGUAAUUAAUCAACCGAAUCAAAUCUUGGUAGGGUUAAUAAUUUUUAAUUACAACUAGUUUCAAGUAAAAAUACUGUAAAUGAUG